AUGGCUAGCACAUCAAGUGAUAGCCAUAGUAUUCUUCAAAAAUUGAUUAAUAACUUAUCUAGCGAUCUUCGUCAAUUAUCAACUGAAACCAAAAAAAAAUAUCCGCCAAUUAAAGAAGCAGCGGAAGCAUGUAAUAUGAAAUUACGAGAAUAUAGUACUAUGAAAGAUAAUUUGAGUACAGUAAUGCGUGAUGCAAGUGUCGAUUUACUUCAACCAUUUGUCUUAGGGUGUGAUACUAAACAAGUUAAAAUUGUUCAAUUAUGUUUAACGUCAAUACAAAAAUUACUUCAACAUCAUAUUGUUAAUCAAGCAUCUGCAGCUACAAUUGUUAAUGUUUUAAGUACUUUAUGUGAAUUACAAACUGAAGAAUUAAAAAUUUUACAAACUGUUCUAUUACUCGUUAAUACAACAUCUGUCGUUGUGCAUAGUACACUUGCUACGUUAUUUGUUAUUACUUUUCGAUUAUGCUUCAGUAAAGAUCCAACAAUUGUAAAUACUUCUAUAGCUGCUGUUCGGCAACUUGUUACAGCUGUUUAUGAUCGUGUUAUUGAAGAAGAUGCUCAAAAUCCAACAUCCAGUGAUCAGUCUAAUAAGGAUUCUGAUCCUUCAAAACAACAACAUCCAUCAAAUAGUGUUGAUACAUUACGUCCAUAUGCUCGUGAUGCAUAUUUAUUAUUUCAAGAUCUUUGUUAUUUAAUAAAUGGUGAUCAACCAAUAUGGUUAAUUGGUUUAACAGAAAUAACUCGAACAUUAAUUCUUGAAUUAAUUGAAACAAUUUUAACACAUUAUGCAUCUAUAUUUCAUAGUCAUAGUGAAUUUCGUUAUUUAUUAAAAGAAAGAGUUUCUCCACUUGUUAUUAAAUUAUUUUCACCAGGUACGAAAUUUUCAAAUCCUAAUUCAAACUUAUCAAGUGGAACUAAUUCUAAUACAACAUAUGAUAGUGCAUAUUUUCCACUAAUAGCUCGUCUCUUACGUGUUGUUUGUAUAUUAAUACGAUUUUAUUUUACAUUAUUAAUAACUGAAUGUGAAAUAUUUUUAUCAUUAUUAAUUAAAUUACUUGAACCCGAUAAACCUGUAUGGCAAAGAUCAUUAGCUAUUGAAUGUAUACAUAAAAUAAUAAUACAUCAAAAUUUAAUCAAAUUAUUUUGUUUAUCUUAUGAUAUGCAGCCACAUUCAAGUAAAAUUUUAAGAGAUUUAACAAAUGCAAUUAGUUCAUAUGUUCAAUCAUUUUUUAAUAGUGCAACUGUUUCAUCAAAUUCAUCAACUAGCAGUGGACAAACAAAUACAACUAGUACAGUUAUUUCAGAUAAAAAAUCUUCUGGAACUAGUACAACUUCAAAAUUAGAUAACUAUAAUCCUCAUUCAUCAAAUAUUGCAAAUGGUGUUGCUAGUCCAUCGAAUACCAUUCUUUUUGCAUAUCGAAAUUUAGUUGUUCCACAAUAUGUAACAUAUACUCAAGGUCAAGCAAAAGCUGUCUAUGUUGAAAAUUGGGAAAAAUUUGAUUGUCCACUUAUACCGGAUUCAUAUGGAAUAGUUGUUGCUUAUGCAUGUAUGCUUGAACUUGUUCGAGCUGUUCAUUCAAUUGUUGAAGGUACAGGUAUGCGUGGUGAUACAAUAUCUGGUACACAAUUACGUACACCAAUACAAAUUCGACCAUUAGAAUCUUUAACAGAUAAUGAACGACAUGAAUGUAUUGAAGUUGUUAAUUGUACAUGGUCAAGUGUACUUGUUACAUUUACAUUAUUAUAUGAUGUUUGUUAUGAUGAUACAACAUGUGAAUUACUUUUACGAGGUUUUCAAACAUAUAUAUCAUUAUGUGGUUUACUUGGAAUGAAUGUUCAACGUGAUGCAUUUGUUACAUGUUUAUGUAAAAUGGCAUUACCACCACAAUAUAAUAUUCAUCUAUUAAGUAAACAACAAAAUAGUGAACAACAACAACAACAACAAAGUUUAUUACAGAAAUUAGCAGCUAGAUCAAGUGCAGAUUCAACACCAGGAAGUGAUUUUGAAAGACAACAAGUUGUAAUUGUUGGAACACCUUUACCAUUAUUAAAUUCAUCACCAGCAACAAAUCAAACUGCUGUUAUGUUGACGUCAAAAAAUAUUCAUUGCAUGCGAACAAUUCUAUCAGUUGCUCAUUGUUAUGGAAGUAUACUUGGUACAUCCUGGCAUUUAAUUUUAACAACUCUUCAACAUCUUGUUUGGAUAAUUGGAUUUAAACCAUCAACUGGUGGUACACUUAAACAUGUUGGAACAAUAUCUAAUACAGAUGCAGCACCAAUGGCAAAUUCAUCAGCGGUUGUAACAACAGCAGCUAUGGCUGAUUUACCAAUAUUAUCAUCAAUGCUUUCACGUUUAUUUGAAUCAAGUGUUUAUUUAGAUGAUGUUGCAUUACAUCAUUUAAUCGAUGCACUUAUACGUUUAAGUAUUGAAUCAAUGGAAAUUGCUUUAUCUGUUCGUGAACCAUCACUAUUUGCUAUUGCAAAAAUACUGGAAACUGGUAGAGCAAAUUUAAAUCGUAUUGAUGUUUGGUGGAAACCUAUUUCAUCACAUUUACUUGAUGUUUGUCAACAUACAAAUCCACGUAUGCGUGAAUGGGGUACAGAAGCAUUAACAUCACUUGUACGUAAUGCACUUGAAUAUAAAUAUGAACAAAAUUUAUUUGAUAAUGAACGUUUAUUACAUAUGAUUAUUUUAUCAUUACAUGAAUUAUCAUUAAUACAAUAUUUUGAUGUACGUCAAAAACAACUUGAAGCUACUCUAUCAAUAUUAACUAAUAAUGGACCUACAUUACAAACAGGAUGGCCAAUAAUUUUAAAUAUAAUUGGUUCAAUAACUCGUGAACAUAAUGAUUCUUUAAUACGGCAAGCUCAACAAUGUUUACAAUUAGUUGUAACAGAUUUUUUAUCAACAAUUCCAAUAUGUUAUUUAGGUAUAUUAAUAAAAGUAGUGGCAAAAUUUGGUUUUCAAGAACAAGAUUUAAAUAUAGCUUUAUCAGCUAUUGGUCUUUUAUGGAAUAUGACUGAUUAUUUAUUUCGUAUGAAAGAACAAGAACAUCAAUUAAAAAAUGUUAAUGAUUAUUUAGAUCCAAAUGAAAUUUAUGAUACAUUAACAUCAAUUGAAGAAUUAUGGAUGAUUUUAUAUAGAAAAUUAAGUGAAUUAACUAUGGAUCAACGUCCAGCUAUAAGAAAAUCAGCAUCAUCAACAUUAUUUACAAUGAUAACAUCACAUGGACAAUUAUUAAGUACAGGUGCAUGGAGUAUUUUAAUUUGGCAAGUUUUAUUUCCAUUAUUUGAACAAGUUGAACAAUUUUUUUAUACGGCAUCAAAAGAACGAGAACAAUUACAACAACAACAAUUAUCAAAAUCAUCAGGUGGACAAGAUAUUUUAAUGCAUCAUUCGAGAGAUACACCAGAAAAACAAUGGGCUGAAACAUAUGUAAUGAUAUUAGCAGGUGUUACAAGAACAGUUCAAGUGAAAAAAGAUUUUCUAGCUAAAUUGGACGAUUUUCCUAAAGUUUGGAGUGUUCUCUUGACAAAUAUUGAAAAAUCUGCCUUAGCUAAAAAUCCCGAAAUAGCUCUUGCUGCAUUAAAAAGUUUCAAUGAUCUUGUUAAUAUACCAAUAAAUCCUGCAUUAUCUCCAUCAUCAAAAAAACCUUUAAUACCUCGUGAUCAACAACUAUGGCAACAAGCUUGGCAAGUUUGGUUAAAUAUUGGUAAUGGUUGUAGUCGUUGUCCACCUGAACGUGUUAUAAUAAUUGAUCGUUAUGAUUCUAAUAUACCAUCACAAAAUUUUCUUACAUUUUUUAUUGAUAUAUUUCCUAAUUUAAUUAAUCAUAUAUGGUCAAGUGAUUUUAUUCAUAAUGCAAAACAUUUUGAACAAUUUUCAACAAUAAUUGAACGUGUUCUUGCUGUACCAAUACAUUCCGAUAUGGCUUUAUUUUUAAUUCCAACUGAUGUUAAUUUAACAUUAUUACAAGAAUCAGCAUAUAAAGCAAUGGAAUUUGUUUGUAAAAAUUUAAAAUUAGAAUUAACAAAAACAACAAAUGCAUCAGCACUUUUACCUAUUUGUUUUAAACGUUUACUUGUACUUGUUCUUUAUGCAAUAAAUCCACCAGUAUUUGAUUGUACAGAACAAAUUAAAAAAAUUCCAACUAAUAAACAACAAUCAAAUGGAAAAAAUGAUUCAAAUGUUAAUUUUGUACCAUUUAGUGAAAAAAUUCUUCGAAUGACUAUUAGUUUUUAUGAAGAUGUUGCUGAUAAUCCAGCUGUAAUUGAAAAUGGAACAUUACAAACAAUAAUUCAAACAUUACAAGUUCCAUUAUCAAUGAAAUAUAAUUGUCCAAGUUCAACAACUUGGAAAUUAGCAAUUGAAUGUUUUUUUCGUUCACUAAAAGUUGGACUUGUUGUAGCGAGAAAACAUCGAAAUGCAUUUGAAAGUAUGUGGACAGAAUUGGCUAAAACAUUCGAUGAUUUUCUUUUUUCAAAAAGUAUUCCUCCAACGGAUAUUCCUAUUGAAGAACUGCAACGAGAUGAAGCAAUCGAUUGUCAAGCAAUUGAACUAAUUCGAGAUGAUAUUUUACCACAUGCUAAUGUAUUGCCAGAAACAUUUAUAACAAAAAUAUUAAAUAUACUUAAUCGGGGUUCUAUUUAUUCAUGUGCAACAGAUAAUUUUAUCGAUAUUGAUUCUGCUCGUCGAUUACGUGAAGAAUUUUCUAAAAUAUGUUUUGAAACUUUACUCAAAUAUUCAUUCAUAAAUGAUUCAUCAUCAUCAAAUGAUAAUCUUGUUAUAACUCGUCUUGCAUUAAGUUCAAUGUUAAAUCGUUGUAAAGAAAUUUUACAAAAAUAUGCACAUGAUGAACGUCUACAUGGCAAAUGUCCAUUACCACGUAGUGAUAAUCUUGAACCAGUUGUUGGAGCAUUCAAUUACAAUCACAACAGCUUAACUCCUUUUUCACCACGCACAGCUGAAAUGAUUUCUGUACUUAAAGCCUUAAGCACAUUGAUCGGUGCAUUAAAACGAGCACCAAAAGACUCAGUUGAAAUCAAUAUAUGGCAUCAAUUAAUUGCAUUAUAUCCAUGUCUUGUUGAAUGUACAACAUCACCAUCUCCACAAAUUUGUAAUGCAAUCAAAGAUACAUUACAUCAAUAUUUUACACUCUUAACACCACCACCUUCAGUUCGAUAA